AUGCCAAGAAGAUCUCUGAGAGUGCGAGCCCAGACUCCAGAUGGCAAGUUACCUUUUCGGUGGAAACCACCUUAUGGAGCAGGCUUCAGAGGUCCACACAGCAGAUCCCAAGGUUAUCCCCGUGGAUAUGGAGAGAGCAACCGCAGGAUGAGCUAUGCUCCAAUGCCACAAGAGCAACAAAACCAGGAAACAAGAAAGCUGGCCUCUGAAUCAGUUCAUGUGGUUUCGAUGCCAUCAAGGAGCUCACAAGGACGGAGCCAGCCUGUCUACAGGUCAUCUUUAACUAAAAGAAAAGUCACAGAGGAGGAAGAGGUGGAGGUGGCACAAGACAUAACUGUUCGAGUUAUGUCCUCUCAGUCUGUGCUUGUUACUUGGACAGACCCCCUGUAUGAAAAGCGGAAUGUUGCAGCAAAUAGGCAGUAUAACGUUCGCUAUCGGGAAAAGGGGGAGUCGGCAAGGUGGGAUUACAAGCAGGUGUCCAACCGGCGGGCACUGGUGGAGAACCUAGUGCCAGACACUAUGUACGAGUUUGCCAUCCAAAUCUUGGAGGGAGAAAAGGAAGGCAAAUGGAGUGUGUCUGUUUACCAGCGGACCCCAGAGGCAGCUCCUGCCAGUGCACCUGAAAAUUUGGAUGUUUGGCCAUUAAAGGGGAAACCAACUUCUGUAGCAGCAUCCUGGGAUGCUCUUUCAGAGAGUGAAGGAAAAGUCAAAGAAUACAUUCUUUCAUACGCCCCGGCUCUCAAGCCAUUUGGAGCAAAGUCCAUCACCUACUCUGGAGCUACAACAUCAGCCAUAAUAGAUGGUCUGCAGGCCGGGGAGCGCUAUAUUUUCAAAAUUCGUGCAGCAAACAGGAGGGGAUCGGGUCCUCAGUCAAAAGCCUUCAGUGUUGCCAUCCCAGCAGCUGCUCAUGAGGAUUCAGUUGCUCAGCAAAAGAAAAAUAUUCAAGAUAAUUCAGAGGCUAAAAAGACUGUGAAUGCUGGCUCAUCUCCUUCUCAAAGUUCUUCUGUUUCUUCCAAAGCCCAGCUGUCACCAUCUUCUAAGCAGUUGUCUAUUCAUUCACCUAGUGUCAGUGAUAAAAAGAGUCUUCUUUCUGAAUAUAAGAACAAAAUCUUGACUCGAGGGGCCCUAAGUAAAUCUGAGUUAGCUUCUAGAAAGACAGGAGAACUGGAACCUGACCUCCAAUCCACUGAGGUGACAGAUGAUAGCAAUUCCUCCCAGGAAGUUACAGCAUCACCGCCAAAAGCCCAGGACCAGAGGAGGAAUGUUAAACCCUUGUCCCCUAGUCGGCCAGUCCAUCCUGUCCUUGCCUCAGGGAAGAUGUCUGUUCGAACCCGUACAUCUGAGCUGUCAAGCCAGAUGAGCACAGGGAAACAUGAGCCAUCAGCAUUGUUGCCAUCAGCAGCACAACACUCUUCUGCUUCAUCCGUUCCCAGACACACAGAUAAUGCAACAAAGCAACUGAGGCAAAGCAACAACAAUGUGCCUUCGAGGACCUCUUCCCAUCAUCUGCCCACCAAAAACAAUGGUCUUGCAAGUAAUGUGGAAGGGAAGCCUGACUCCAUGAUGGGGAAAGUGUCUUCUAAAACUUCAGAGCCUGGUCGCCAGGCUUUGCCACCAAAUCAGCAGUCCGCUGUCUCUCAUGAGGGUGUCUUAGGCCAUCGCAGUAGGUCUGGCUCUCUAGGUCAUUCACAUCAACCUGCUUCCAAAUCAGCAGAUUCCCAUGCUCAUGAUAGCCAUAAUGAAUUUGACAAUGAAGAAGCAGAGGAUAGAGAAGGACAGCCCAGUUCUAGGUCACAGCAAACAAGGCUAUCCUCAGGCUCCAGUUCCCGCACAUGGAAGGAUUCGAAAGCAGCUGCAGCAGCAGUCUCAUCGAGGUCUGAUGUUCCUGGUUACACUUCACCUCACUCUCGCUCCUCCACCAGUGCCAAAUCCAAGGGAAAGGAUGUUGAUAAGAAUUAUAGGGAGGUGUCACAAGAUGUAAACCCCUUAUUUCCUUCUUUGCCUUCUUCCAGGCAGUCAUCUUCAGCAAUCUAUUCCAAGAGGAGAAAUCCUCAGGUUGAUUCUGAUUCUCGCCCUAGAGAGACACACGGUGAAAAAUCACCCCACUCUGGCUCAGAAGAACAACAAAGUCAAACAACUCCUCCAGAAAAGCAUUCUCUUUUGCAGUCUUCUCUUUCCAAAUACAAACCUGAAGAGCAGGGCAAUCGAGAGGUAAAAGAAACACUUGCUCGAUCAAAACCAAGUGAGUCUUUGCCUAGAAAGGCAUUCUCUUCUCGACUUCCAGUGGAGAAGACCUCCCACUCAGAGCCUUCACAGAGGGCACAAACCAGUCCUUCCAUACUGCAUUCAAGGGGCCGGCGCCUCCCAUCUCACGUCUCAUCCCAAAGUAAUGAAGAGUUGCAGGAAGAUGGUGAUGAGGAUGGAGCAGAGGGCAGUGACAGAGCCAGCAGGCACUCUGUGUUUCUUAAAGAGGUGUCCUCUUCUAGGGGAUUAUCUGCAUCUUUCUCUCAGGGAAGCUCAAGUUCAUCUCAAUCAAAGCAACAGCAGCCAGGCUCUCAGGUACCUUCCUACAAACCAAAACAUACUCAGCCAGACUCCAGUUCUGCCAGUGAUACAGCAAAAUACAACCAGUAUAAUCAAAAGGUGUCACCCACUUCAAGACAAGCUCGUCCUUCAUCACCUACUCGCUCAGGAGUUGCUACAAGAACAGUGUCCCAAACAGAGAAAAAAUACGGCCUGUUGCCCUCAAAAUUGUCUGAACUUCCUCAGAAAAUUCCUUCCCUCUCUUCAUCUAAAUCUCAUCAGUCAGUUUCUAAUGAAGAGGAUGAUUAUUACAGUGAAUAUGAUGAGAAAGAAAUGGAAGAGAAACCCACAUCUUUGGCAGCAAAAUGGUCCCCUUCUGUUUCUAGAGGUAACAAAAACAUAUAUGAAGACACUUCUAGCACUAAAAGAAAAUCUAUGGACACUCUUCUACCUCAUAAAGUAAGUUCUGAAGAAGAAGAGGUAGAAAAACCUUCAAUAUUAAAAGUGAAUUCUGAAUCACCAAGAAGCUCUGCCGUAGCAUCACAGAUUACUCAGUCCUCUAGCAAACACACCCCAUCUAAACCAAGCUUUGUCUGGCCACGUUCUUCUGCCUCUACCACCACACACACCAUUUCUCCAGCAGUUUCUUCCACUUCAUCUCCUCGUCAGCGACUACUGAACUCCAGGCUAGGGAGCCCCUCCCAGAGGCAAUUUGUUAGACCUCCUUAUAGACCAGGUUAUAACGGCAGACCAAACCUUACAACGAAAAAUGGAAAUGGAAAAGUAAUCCCUGGUAAUAAUGGAAAACCAAGUGGACAGAAAGUAAUCAAUGGUCCUCAAGGAGCAAAGUGGAUUGUAGAUCUUGACCGAGGGCUCGUGUUAAAUGCUGAAGGAAAAUACCUCCAAGACUCCCAAGGCAAUCCUCUCCGAGUGAAAUUAGGAGGGGAUGGACGUACAAUUGUUGAUGAAAAGGGUGCUCCAGUGGUGAGUCCUGAUGGAUUGCCUUUGUUUGGACAUAGCAGAUUUAGUAAACCUGUAGCGAGUGCACAAGAUAAACCAAUAAUAAGCCUUGGGGGAAAGCCUCUGAUUGGUCUUGAAAUGAUUAAAAAAACAACCACUCCUUCAACUACUACUACAACAAUACCUACAACAACUACCACGACAACCACCACAACCACUACAACAACUGUUGCUACAACCACCACCACCACCACCACUCCUGAGCCGACCACCACUGAGCCACCCACUGAGAAACCCACACCAACCUGUCCUUCUGGCACCUAUGGACAGUAUGAUGAUGAAGGAAACUUGCUCCUGGGGCUUGAUGGCCUGCCAGAGUGCAAUGCAGAAGUGGAUACAUUCUCGGGACUGGAUUCAGAUGCGACAGCAACUCCAGAAGCAUAUGUGAUAUAUGAUGACGACUACGAAUUUUUUGAGAGUACUUUGCCACCAACCACCACCACUGUCACCACUACCACUGCUUCUACAACGACAGAAUUGGAGGUUGUCUAUCCAGAGACCAGUGUUGGUGGCACUGGCCCUGUGUCAGAAUAUGAUAUUGCUGGGAAGAAACGCUUCACUGCUCCUUAUGUGACCUAUCUCAAUAAGGAUCCAGCAGCCCCCUGCUCCUUGACAGAGGCCCUGGAGCAUUUCCAAGUGGAGAGCCUUGAUGAAAUCAUUCCCAAUGACUUCAGAGAGAAAGAUCAGCGUCCCCUGAAAGCCCCUCACAACAUCACAGUUGUGGCAGUUGAAGGCUGUCACUCCUUUGUCAUUGUGGACUGGGCCAAACCUGCUCAAGGAGACAUGGUAACAGGCUAUCUGGUUUACAGUGCAUCCUAUGAUGACUUUUUAAAGAAUAAGUGGUCAACCAGGACUGCAGGGUCUACUCACUUGCCAAUUGAGAACUUGAAGCCCAACACACGAUAUUAUUUUAAAGUCCAAGCAAAGAAUCCUUUUGGUUAUGGACCUGUUAGCUCUUCAGUCUCAUUUAUCACAGAAUCUGACAAUCCUCUCCUCAUUGUCAGGCCACCUGGUGGUGAGCCUAUCUGGAUCCCAUUCACUUUUAAAUAUGACCCCACCUACUCAGACUGCGCUGGCAAGCAGUAUGUGAAAAGAACUUGGUACCGCAAGUUUGUAGGAGUGGUUCUUUGCAACUCCUUAAGGUACAAAAUUUACCUCAGCGAUGACCUGAAAGAUACCUUCUACAGCAUUGGGGAUAGCUGGGGAAGGGGUGAGGACCACUGCCAAUUUGUGGAUUCACACCUGGAUGGAAGAACGGGACCUCAGUCGUACAUUGAAGCCCUGCCCACAAUCCGAGGGUAUUACCGCCAGUACCGCCAGGAGCCUGUAUCAUUUGGACGCAUUGGAUACACAACACCCUACUACUAUGUGGGCUGGUAUGAGUGUGGUGUGCCCAUCCCAGGGAAAUGGUAG